GAGGCCCGCGGACGCACCGGCCCGAGGGAGCGCGCCGCCCGCUGGACUUGGCCUCGCUCCCGGAGUCGGGCGGCGGUCGCGGCGGCGCAGCCUGGCCGGAGGCGCCGGGCCCGCUAGAGCGGCGGCGGCGGCGAUCUGAGCAGCGUGAUCCGGACGGCUGCGGGGAGCGGGCUCCGGGCGCCGGGCAUCGGGCGGGCGCUGGGGCGCGGCGCGGCGGGGAAGAUGACCGCGGGCUCGGGCGUGCUCCUCGUGCUGCUCUCGCUCUCCGGCGCGCUCCGGGCCCACAAUGGGGAUCUUACAGCCAGGGAGACCUGCAAGGCUGGAUUCUCUGAAGAAGAUUACACAGCAUUAAUCUCCCAGAAUAUUCUGGAAGGAGAGAAGGUCCUCAAAGUCAAGUUCAGCAGCUGCCUGGGGACCAAGGGGAUGCACUAUGAGACCAACAGCAUGGACUUCAAGGUCGGGGCCGACGGGACGGUCUUUGCCACACGGGAGCUGCGCAUCCCCUCCGAGCAGGUGGCCUUCACCGUGACUGCGUGGGACCACCAGACGGCUGAGCGCUGGGAUGCCGCAGUGCGGCUGCUGGUGGCCCAGACCUCGUCCACGCACUCCGGACACAAGAAAGGAAAGAAGAACGCAGCCCUGGACCCCGUCCAGCCUCCGAAUGACACGCUGCUGCCAUGGCCGCAGCACCAGAGCUCCAACGGGCUGAGGCGGCAGAAACGGGACUGGGUCAUCCCACCCAUCAACGUGCCGGAGAACUCACGCGGGCCCUUCCCGCAGCAGCUGGUGAGGAUCCGGUCCGACAAGGACAAUGACAUCCCCAUCCGAUACAGCAUCACAGGCGUGGGCGCCGACCAGCCCCCCAUGGAGGUCUUCAGCAUCGACUCCAUGUCCGGCCGGAUGUACGUCACACGGCCCAUGGAUCGGGAGGAGCGAGCCUCCUACCAUCUCCGAGCACAUGCUGUGGAUAUGAACGGCAACAAGGUGGAGAACCCCAUCGACCUGUACAUCUAUGUCAUCGACAUGAACGACAACCGCCCCGAGUUCCUCAACCAGGUGUAUAACGGCUCCGUGGACGAAGGCUCCAAGCCAGGCACCUACGUGAUGACAGUCACGGCCAACGACGCGGAUGACGCCACCACAGCCAACGGGAUGGUGCGCUACCGGAUCGUGACGCAGACCCCGCAGAGCCCCUCCCAGAACAUGUUCACCAUCAACAGUGAAACAGGCGACAUCGUGACUGUGGCCGCUGGCCUGGACCGAGAGAAAGUCCAGCAGUACAUGGUCAUCAUUCAGGCCACAGACAUGGAAGGGAACCUGAACUACGGCCUCUCCAACACAGCCACCGCCAUCAUCACAGUGACGGACGUGAACGACAACCCACCGGAGUUCACUGCCAGUACGUACGCUGGGGAAGUUCCAGAAAACCGGGUGGAGAUGGUGGUGGCAAACCUCACAGUGAUGGACCGAGAUCAGCCGCACUCCCCGAACUGGAACGCCGUCUACCGCAUCAUCAGUGGGGACCCCUCGGGCCACUUCAGCGUCCGCACAGACCCCACCACCAACGAGGGCAUGGUCACCGUGGUUAAGGCAGUCGACUAUGAGCUGAACAGAGCAUUCAUGCUGACUGUGAUGGUGUCCAACCAGGCGCCCCUGGCCAGCGGGAUCCAGAUGUCCUUCCAGUCCACGGCGGGGGUGACCAUCUCCGUCAUGGACAUCAACGAGGCCCCCUACUUCCCCUCCAACCACAAGCUGAUCCGCCUGGAGGAGGGCGUGCCCACUGGCACCGUACUCACCACGUUCUCAGCAGUGGACCCCGACCGGUUCAUGCAGCAGGCUGUGAGAUACUCAAAGCUUUCAGACCCAGCGAACUGGCUACACAUUAACGCCACCAACGGCCAGAUCAGCACGGCGGCUGUGCUUGACCGCGAGUCUCUCUACAUCAAGAACAACGUCUAUGAGGCCACUUUCCUGGCGGCUGACAAUGGGAUCCCCCCGGCCAGUGGUACUGGGACCCUCCAGAUCUAUCUUAUUGACAUCAACGACAACGCCCCUGAGCUGCUGCCCAAGGAGGCGCAGGUCUGUGAGAAGCCCAGCCUGAAUGCCAUCAACAUCACAGCGGCUGAUGCUGACGUGGACCCCAACAUCGGGCCCUACGUCUUCGAGCUGCCCUUCGUUCCGGCAAGCGUGCGCAACAACUGGACUGUCACCCGCCUCAAUGGUGACUACGCCCAGCUCAGCCUGCGCGUCCUGCACCUGGAGGCCGGGGUGUAUGACGUCCCCAUCACCGUCACGGACUCGGGGAACCCGCCACUGUCCCACACGUCCAUCAUCAAAGUCAAGGUGUGCCCAUGCGACGACAACGGCGACUGCACCACCGUGGGCGCAGUGGCGGCAGCCGGGCUGGGCACAGGUGCCAUUGUGGCCAUCCUUAUCUGCAUCGUCAUGCUGCUCACCAUGGUCCUGCUCUUUGUCGUGUGGAUGAAGCGGCGGGAGAAGGAGCGUCACACAAAGCAGCUGCUCAUCGACCCCGAGGACGACGUGCGGGACAACAUCCUCAAGUACGACGAGGAAGGGGGCGGCGAGGAGGACCAGGACUAUGACCUCAGCCAGCUACAGCAGCCAGAGGCCAUGGAGCACGUGCUGAGCAAGGCCCCCGGAGUGCGGCGGGUGGACGAGAGGCCCGUGGGCGCCGAACCCCAGUACCCAGUCAGGCCCGUGGUGCCCCACCCGGGAGACAUCGGCGACUUCAUCAACGAGGGACUGCGCGCAGCCGACAAUGACCCCACGGCGCCCCCAUACGACUCGCUGCUGGUGUUUGACUACGAGGGCAGCGGCUCCACAGCAGGCUCCGUCAGCUCCCUGGACUCCUCCAGCUCCGGAGACCAGGACUACGACUACCUGAACGACUGGGGGCCCAGAUUCAAGAAGCUAGCGGACAUGUACGGAGGCGGUGAGGAGGAUUAACGGGCCUCCCCGCCGGACGCAAGGAUGGACAGACGGACGGACGGGAGGAGCAGGACUGGAGGAGGCAACGGGCCUUCCCGACCCGCAAGGCCAUGUCACUCCGUGGUGGGGGUCCCCGCCCUGCCCCCGCCCCAGCUGUCUGGCAUGAACACUUGACCCGCGGCUGACUCAGCACUGAGGAGAGCAAGAGGCACUCUGUCUUAACUUGAAUUUCUUAGGACAGAAGCACUGUUUUAAAAAAAAAAUGAAAGUGCCUUUUGGUACAUGUAUCAGAUUCCCUCAAACUCAGGAGCGACUAAAAGCAAGCAGACAGACCCCCCACCCGGUCCUGAGCACCUCUAGCCCUGGCUAGUCCCAGCUCUGAAGGCACCAAUUAAGGAAUUGGGAAGAAUGUGUCCUUUUUUUUUUUUUUUUAAAUCUUUUAUCAAGAAAACAAAUGGGUGACUCGCUUGACAAAAUUGACAAAGAACAACGGGUCUAAACCCCAUCAGCCCCUCUGAGUCCUCAUGCUUUGCUGUCCACAGUCAGGGUCUCCUACCCCAUGGGGUCCCCAGGUCAGCACGAAGACCCACCUUCAGCUUCUGCAGCAGCGAGUCCCCUGGGUGCAGGCCAAGCCCGUGGACCCAAGACCCACUGUGACUCUGACUUUUGCCCCGACUCCCAGAAUCUGGAAACAGCUGGGGCCAUCCCUGAUGUUCCCCAUGGCUGCCCCUGGCCAUCCCCAGGGCCCCCCAGUCAAUCAUUAGGCCUCCCCCAGGGCCAACUGUGACCCUGAAAGCCACCCAGGUCCCCACUAUCUUUGGACCAAGACAGUAUGGUGUCCCAAGAAACCACAAGCAAAACCAGCCAGCAUCCCACCAACCCCUGGCAUGAACCCUCCACCCUCUCAAUGAGACUCCCAAGGAACCCCAAGUCAAAGGCCCCCAGACACGCACCAGUCCAGGCCCCAAAGGCUCUGGAUGUCUCUGGCCACCGGCAGGGCUGCACCGACCACAGGGAGAGCUGAUGCUCACUUGGGGUCCAGAAACCAUCACAGCCAGCAGGAGACUCUGGGGUCUGCCCCAGCCCUGCCCCUCUGGACCGGUCUCUGGAACCCAGGAGCUGACAAGGAUGGCAGAGGUCUACUCCAAUGCCGGAACAGUCCCAUCAUCCGUGCCGUCCAUCCCACACAUGUGUCUGGGCCAUGCCUGCCGGGAACAGUCUCCUUUCCUUUGGACCCAUGUCAGCACCCAGCAGCUGCUGGGCCAGUUAGCUGCUCAAGCUCUCAGACCUGGAUGUGCCCUCUUGAUGGGCAGUGUGACUCUCAAGCCAGACUCCAGGCUCAGUUCCACAGGACAGCAAGAGGCGCUGCGUCCCAAGGACCCACCGGAGCCCCUGCUGUGUUUGCCAGGGUUGCGGGGGGUGGGCAGCUAG